CAACGACCAAAUCCCCGAACAACAGCCAAGAAAGAAACAAGACGGACAAAGAAAGGAUGCAAAAAGAAAAGACACAUAGACAAGAGAAAACGAAAUCCCGAUUGCCACGACCGUCUAAACCAGACACCGAAUUCAUUCACCCCCCCCCCCAUCCCUCCUCCUACCUCCUCUCCUCAACCCCAUAUGAUAAAAAGGUUGGAAUUUGAAUUCGUAGAGAGGCGUUCAAUGCAGACGAAGCAACCAAAACCCGUUAACUCAUUUCAUAUACGAUACGAUGAUAAAAGACGUUUCAAGGAUUGUAUAUCGGCUCAUGUUGUGUUUCGAUGUAUCGAUGUAUUCUUAGCUCGUGUCGGGGUGGACUAUUUGACGGUUUUCUCUUUUUUGGUCGUAGGGGAAUCAUGCAUGGGAAAAUGGUGUAUUUGCUUGGAGGGCGUUUACAUGAUAACGCAGCCACCGCCGGGGGAAGCUAUUUACUGUUAGUAUAUACAUCUCCUAGAAAAUGGUGAGGUGGAAUAGGGAAGUGGGAAAUGGGACGUACCCUUGACAACGGCAGGGUUCUUGACGAUCUGGUUGGGA